GCGCCCUGCCGACCCAGGGGGAGGGACGCCCGGCCCCGGCCGCUCCGCUGCUCCGGCCGCGCGUCCCGUCCCAUCCCGUCCCGUCCCGUCCGCCGUCUUCCUGCUGCCCCGGCCCCAGCCCGGUUUCUUUGUGCGGCGCUGCCGGCCGGUCCCACCUCCGGGCCUCUCGCCUCGCCGCGGCCGCCGCGGGACCCAGCGCGGGGGAAUGGUCUGCGCGCCGAGUUCGGGGAGACAGGAAGUGAAGCGCGCGAGCCCCAUGAGCGCGCGGCGGCGCGGGCUGGCGUGCGGGCGCGGCUGCGGCGGCCUCGCGGCGGGGCCCCGGGAGGCUGGCCGCUGAGCGGGGCGCACGGCCCCGAGGAUGCGGGAGCCGGAGCAGCAUUGGCGUGGGUGCUCCCAUCACCUGGUCUUUGGAGACUCAGUUGCUUUUUAAUGGCGGCGGCAGCUGCUGGGUGAGCAGCCGGAGACUGUGCAGUACUCCUUCCGUCAGGACAGGAUCGCUUUCUCUCACCAUCACCACCACUGGAUUGGUGGCGGUGCUUUUCCCUUUGCACUCUUUCAACUCUUGAAGGGAGAAGAAGAUGCCACUGCCAUUUGGAUUGAAACUGAAACGCACCCGGCGCUACACGGUCUCCAGCAAGAGCUGUCUGGUUGCCCGGAUCCAGCUGCUCAACAAUGAAUUUGUAGAGUUCACGCUAUCCGUGGAGAGCACGGGCCAGGAGAGCCUGGAGGCGGUGGCCCAAAGACUGGAGCUGCGGGAGAUCACUUACUUCAGUCUCUGGUACUACAACAAGCAAAACCAGCGCAGGUGGGUAGAUUUGGAAAAACCUCUAAAGAAGCAGCUGGAUAAAUAUGCAUUGGAACCUACCGUCUAUUUUGGAGUGGUGUUUUAUGUGCCUUCAGUUUCACAGCUGCAGCAGGAGAUUACCAGGUAUCAGUAUUAUCUGCAGCUGAAGAAAGAUAUCUUGGAAGGAAACAUUCCUUGUACAUUAGAACAAGCAAUUCAGCUAGCAGGCUUAGCUGUUCAAGCUGAUUUUGGUGACUUUGAUCAAUAUGAAUCCCAGGACUUUCUUCAGAAAUUUGCCUUGCUUCCUGUGGAGUGGUUACAAGAUGAAAAAGUAUUGGAAGAAGCAACACAAAAAGUGGCCUUACUGCAUCAGAAAUACAGAGGGCUGACAGCUGCUGAUGCUGAAAUGCUGUACAUGCAGGAGGUAGAGAGAAUGGAUGGCUACGGAGAAGAGAGCUACCCUGCCAAGGACAGCCAAGGCAGCGACAUAUCCAUCGGAGCGUGUCUUGAAGGUAUCUUUGUGAAACAUAAGAACGGAAGGCCUCCUGUGAUAUUUAGGUGGCAUGAUAUUGCUAACAUGUCCCACAAUAAGUCCUUUUUUGCGUUAGAGCUGGCAAAUAAAGAGGAGACCAUCCAGUUUCAGACUGAAGACAUGGAAACAGCAAAAUAUGUGUGGAGACUCUGCGUUGCACGACACAAAUUUUACAGACUAAAUCAGUGUAGCCUGCAAACUCAGACCGUCAUAGUGAACCCAAUUAGGAGGAGGUCUUCUUCGAGGAUGUCUCUGCCUAAACCCCAGCCCUAUGCGAUGCCUCCCCCACCGCAGCUGCAUUAUAAUGGACAUUAUACAGAACCAUACUCUUCUUCCCAAGAUAACCUCUUUAUGACCAACCAGAACGGAUACUACUGUCACUCUCAGACAAGUUUGGAUCGAGCCCAGCUUGACCUGAGUGGUCGCAUCCGCAACGGCAGUGUCUACAGUGCGCACAGCACCAGCUCCUUGAAUAACCCCCAGCCCUACAUGCAGCCCUCGCCCAUGUCCUCCAACCCGAGCAUCACCGGGAGCGACGUCAUGAGGCCCGACUACGUCCCGUCGCACCGGCACAGCGCCCUGAUCCCCCCGUCCUACCGCCCGACCCCCGACUACGAGACGGUGAUGAAGCAGCUCCACAGAGGCCUGGCGCCCGCCGAGAGGCAGAGCCACUCGCUGAGAAACCUCAACAUCGGCAGCUCGUACGCGUACAGCAGGCCCGACGCGCUGGUGUACAGCCAGCCCGAGAUCCGCGAGCGCGCGCACUUCAGCUCCCCGCCCUCGGCCCACUGCGCGUUCAGCCUGAAUUACAGUUUCCACAGCCAGGCCGCGUACCCGCACCCCGCGGAGAGGCGGCCGGUGGUGGGUGCCGUCAGCGUGCCCGAGCUGACCAACGUGCAGCUGCAGGCCCGCGACUACCCCGCCCCCAACAUCAUGAGGACGCAGGUGUACCGCCCGCCGCCCCCCUACCCGUACCCCAGGCCCGCCAACAGCACCCCGGACCUGUCCCGCCACCUCUACAUCAGCAGCAGCAACCCCGACCUCAUCACCCGGCGGGUCCACCACUCGGUGCAGACGUUCCAGGAGGACAGCUUGCCGGUGGCGCACUCCCUCCAGGAGGUGAGCGAGCCGCUGACCUCGGCCCGGCACGCCCAGCUCCAGAAGAGGAACAGCAUCGAGAUCGCCGGGCUGAGCCACGGCCUCGAGGGCCUGCGGCUCAAGGAGAGGACCCUGUCGGCGUCGGCGGCCGACGUGGCCCCGCGCGCCGGCUCCGCGGGCUCCCAGCCGAGCGUGGUCGCAGAAAGGACAAAGCGGGACGAGGAGGACGAGCGGGAGAGCCUUAGAUACGGUCACAAGAAGUCUCUUUCAGACGCCACCAUGCUGAUACACAGCAGCGAGGAGGAGGAGGAGGACUUCGAGGAGGAACACGGCGCGCGGGCGCAGCCCUCUCCCCGGGCGCCGGAGCCGCUGGGCAGCUACUCCCAGGAAGCCCUGGCGAGCGGCCCCCGCGCCGGCCCCCUGCACAUCCUUGAGCCCAAGGUCCACGGCACUGCGGCCGAGAGGAGGGGGAGGGACGGCAGCCCCGGUCCCCCUCCCGGGGACGGCCCGCGGCCCAGGAGGGACGGGCUGCUGACGCCGUCCGUGUCGGAGUCCGACCUCACCACGUCGGGGAGGUACCGCGCCAGGAGGGACUCCCUGAAGAAGAGGCCGGUGUCAGAUCUCCUCUCCGGAAAGAAGAACGUCGUGGAAGGGCUUCCGCCGUUAGGGGGAAUGAAAAAGAGCCGAGUAGAUGCAAAGAAAAUUGGUCCUCUCAAAUUGGCUGCCCUGAACGGACUCUCCCUGUCUCGACUGCCUCUGCCUGAUGAAGGAAAGGAGGUGCCUGCCAGAGCCACGAACGAUGAGAGGUGUAAAAUUCUGGAACAGCGGUUAGAGCAGGGAAUGGUAUUCACAGAAUAUGAAAGAAUUCUGAAAAAACGGCUAGUCGAUGGAGAGUGCUCAACAGCACGGCUCCCUGAAAAUGCAGAAAGAAAUCGGUUCCAAGAUGUCCUUCCCUAUGACGAUGCCAGAGUGGAGCUGGUCCCAACCAAAGAAAACAAUACCGGUUACAUCAACGCAUCACAUAUUAAGGUCUCUGUCAGUGGAAUUGAAUGGGAUUAUAUUGCCACUCAAGGACCAUUACAGAAUACCUGUCAGGAUUUUUGGCAGAUGGUGUGGGAACAGGGAAUUGCAAUUAUAGCAAUGGUGACAGCAGAAGAGGAGGGUGGAAGGGAGAAGAGCUUUAGGUAUUGGCCACGCCUUGGUUCCAGGCACAACACCGUCACCUAUGGAAGGUUUAAGAUCACCACCCGGUUCCGCACAGACUCCGGCUGCUAUGCUACCACGGGCUUGAAAAUGAAGCACCUCCUCACGGGGCAGGAGAGGACGGUCUGGCAUCUCCAGUACACAGACUGGCCUGAGCAUGGCUGUCCGGAGGACCUCAAGGGAUUUUUAUCAUACCUUGAAGAGAUCCAGUCUGUUCGACGCCAUACAAAUAGUACAAGUGAACCGAAAAGCCCCAACCCUCCGUUACUGGUCCACUGCAGUGCCGGCGUGGGACGGACUGGCGUCGUCCUCUUGUCGGAGAUCAUGAUUGCCUGUCUGGAACACAACGAGGUGCUGGACAUCCCACGGGCGCUGGACAUGCUGAGGCAACAGAGGAUGAUGAUGGUGCAGACCCUCUGCCAGUACACAUUCGUGUACCGAGUUCUCAUUCAGUUCCUGAAAAGCUCACGGCUCAUAUAAGCUCCCACAGCUUCCGAUGGGGACCCGAUCAUGUGAAGCGUUUACAGCUAAGAAAAAGUGCUUGCCUGACUCACGCUUUCUCCUCGACACUUGCUCCACGCAGAACGCUGCAUCAGGACGCGAGUGACGGGGUGAAUGAUGGCACCUGGAAGGAAGUAUGUGGCGCACAGGCCGAAGAGGGGGUUUCACCUGGGAAACGUGCUGAAGAGAAAGGACUUGGUUUCGAAGGCAUUGCCCUGCUCCGAUCUGUCCAAUUUGCAGUACUUGCACAUGUUUGGUGGGAGAUUGUAUUUUCUAGAUAAUUCUCUAUUUCACUGAAGCUGCGCUGGCAAUCUGGCAAUCACUAAGGCAUAUAGGUUUCUAUCUUAAACUAGUUUUUGAUAAUGAAAUUUUAUUUUAUGACGAAAAUAUUUGGGGUUUUCUUGUUGAGAAACUGUACUUUCUGUGGCGAUGAUCCACAGAUGUGAGUGGUUCCUAUAUAACUUUGUAUUUAAAACCAUGUUAUUAUCUUUUGUUAAUUUUUAAAAAUCUUGGGUACUUAACAGUUUAGUUACCAAACCCAAAACUACAAGAAGAAUCUAAAAAUGUUAUUUUGAAACACAGAAAGCAUUUUUAUAUUCAGAAAGUUUUUUAUCCUAAAAAUUCUAUGUAUUUGUACCUUCUGUAUUUUCCAAGCAGGAGUUCAACUCAUUGAGAUACUGAAACGAGUCAGUCAAUGUAAGUUAAAGUUGGGAAUGAAGGCACAUUAUUUAAAACAUAUAAGAAUAAUCAGAUUUACUAUUUUUUUUCAGUAUUAUUCAUAAACCCAAACGAGUUUGAUUUUAUUGGUUGAAAAUGAAGUGAAAAACAAUUGUAUAAGAUGGUUUUAAGCACUUUUUUUGUUGAAAACAAUAAAUCUGAGUUUUUAAUAUAUGUGUUGCUUUAUAGGUGAAAUAGUAACAACGGACGUAUUGAAAGUGUUUUGGAAGAGAUCAGGACUAAGAGUAUGUAGGAUGUCUAGGACGAGAGUAAGUGCAGUGUAAAUGCAAGAUGCUAAAUGCAAGUUGCCUUUGUCGUUACAAAAAAUGCAGUGUUAUCUAUACUCAGACUGAGAUGCUGGGAUGGAGAGCAGGAGCUUGGGAAGAGGCUAGGGGCUGACCCCCCGAGGUAGGUAUCCCCAGGAAAUUCAGGGCCCAUCACUGGCAAUGACUCACUCUGUUUCCUUGAAGUUCUUCCACCUACACCUCACUUCUUUUUUUAACAAAUCAGGUUUAUAUUAUGAUUAAAAGAAGCCUUGAAGAGGCUUUAUUUUCUUUUGGUUGAAAGAAGGGAAGAGUUAGUAAUAGUCUCACCUCAUCUCCCAAAACCACAGCGCAGACGUGUGGGGCCCCCAGAGAUGACUGUGGUAUUCAAGAUGUACUGGAACUUUCACUCCUUAAUCCUCUAACUUCACACCUGAGGUCAGCUUCAGCUCUGCCCCCCCCAAUUCCAUUUAGGCCCAUGCCAGUGGGCAGGACCAGGCAGACGGCCUUGUCACAGUGGGAGCCGAGGAGGUAGGGGAGGACGGAGGAGCCAUCUCUUUCUUCCUUCUUGAGGCUGCUUCUCCAAAACGUAGAGCUUCCAGAAUGUCAAAUCCGGGAUUAUUCUCCCAAAUUGCAAUAUCCUAGGGACAGCUCUGAUCCCCAUGUUGACUCCUAAAGCAGUUUAACUCAUACUGUCACCAUUAAGUGUGUGUUGUUAGCUGUGAGACAGGAUUUCCUUUAUACAGUGUGUGUAUCUGCCUGAAUCUGACCCGGAAACCAGCCACUUAAGAGGAAAAUUCAGACGAUAUUAAUGGAAAUGGAUAUUGAAAGUGGGCAUGUUUCUCACUUGGGAACAAAGAAGUGAUUUUAAAUCUAAAAUUGUUUAAGCAACAAUAGACCCAAGUGUAAAUAUUCAGAAAGAGCUCCCCAGGAGAAUGGAAUAAGAGUUUUUUUAUUGUAGUAUUUACAUCUCCACAUGUAAAGGACAGGAGUGUUUCUGAUGCUUUUUUUUUUCUUCCAUGGUACGUUUUAAAAAAAAUGCUUUUCUGUCAGGUUUAAACAUUUUGAAGUGUCCCAUUGACAAGAACACACUGUAAAACAAAAAUCUAAAGAGUAAUAUAUGGUAUUUUUGUGUUCCUGUUGUAAUAAUUUGAUUAUAAGAAAAUUACUUAUGAGGGCUAAAUUACACUGUGUAAAUGUCACUCUUAAAACUCGCAUGUUUGACAUAACUUCUAAGAUCCAUGUAAUUUUUUGUGUCCCUUUUGAAUUUUUAAACUUUUAAUUAACAGUUAGUGAAUAUGGAAGUAUUUCUGAAUAAAAGUACAUCUACAUUACUGGGCUUUGAAGUAAUGUGAUUUUCAAGAGCAAACUGUAGAACAUUGAGGUUUCAUAGGCUCACCCUGAGUUCAGGAUGUACUGUCUGCCAAACUUAAACAAUAUUUCAGUAUUUUAGUGUCUUUUAGUUCACUGAUAUUCUUAAUUUCAUAUCAACAUUACCAAAAUGUACAUUUUCACGAAAAAUAGGUUAUAAACCAGUGUUUUCCACUAAUCAGUGUUGACAUCUCUGGCAUCAGUUUUCCUGAUUAGUUGGGUCUUUUGGUAAAAUACUCUAGUUGAUAGUUUUGAACACAGAAAGGAUUAAUUUAGAAUAUCAUUUAGAAUGUUAAUUGCAAAUCAUUAUUACUUACAUUCUUCUGGAACAUCUACUGUGAAACAUUCAAAAAGCCCUAGAAUUUAGCCUUUCAAACAUUUUGGCAGGAUUAAAACAGAAGCUGUGCUUCCUUAGAAAUUCCCAGAAAGACCAAGGUCUAGGCAGAAACCCUGAGGAGGAGUGUAGGGUGGAGUGAUGACAACAUGGCAUGGCCAACUUUUUUGUUGAAGCUUUCAUCAUGAGAAGAAAAACAGUCAUUUCAAAUGGGUUGAUAAGUUAAUAUUCACAAUAGUAAGGAAAUAUAAAUGUCCAUAUUAUAUGUAAUAUGAAACUUUAUUAAAAUGUAAAGAAUUACUGUUUAUUAUAAAUCAUUUAAAAAAUCAGACUUUUGAAAGGGAUUCUUUUAGAUAUAAAUUUUUGGAAGUUGCUUUCCAUCAAGAUUUCAUGUGGAACAAGCUAAACCGUCUCUUUCCAGUUUAAAGUUUAUUAAAAUAAUCUAAAUUGGAGGGGCCUCUUUUUUUGAACUGAGGGAUAGAUAUUUCAAAAACAGAGGAAUAGAGAUACCUUGGGAAUUUUCCUGAAAACAAUUCUUGAAAAAACAAUGAGUUUUUCAAAUACCUGAGAUAAGGGCUCCAUUUACCCUAAGUAUGUAUAAAUACUUAUUAAAAAUGAGGAAAAAUCAAGAAGUCUAGUUAAGGUUUGCAUGCAUUAGGGCUGGGUGGCUAGAGGAUUUCAGAAAACGCUUGAAAGGGCCCUUGGGUUGUUAAAGUGGCAUAGUUUUCUAUAUAGCUCAGGCAGUUCCCAAAUAAAAAUCAUGCUCUAAAAGUUUAGAUGUAUGUUCAGUUACUGAGAGCAUUGUUUACGAGAGGAAAUAUUACUAUAAAGUGAGUAUCAGCGUUCUUGGUUUGUUCUCCCAGAGCUUAUUGAGACCACAGCAGCUCUGAAAGUUAGGCAGUGGUAGUCAAGUCACCGCCAUCCGUACUCCAAGAGAAAGAUACAGCAGCUUUCCUCCCUGCUGCACCCUGCUGGUGAGAGCACAGAAAACAUUCUCUCUGGGUCUGCCCGGCAGUGGGAAUGGAGCCUCAGCAAGCAGCUGAAGUCAGAUUGAUCAGUGUUCCACGAGAGAAUUCCACAUCAUGUUAACGUUGCGUCGUUUGUCUCAGAAACUUGAGUGGCGCAUGAAGGGUAAGCAACAGAAAGGGACAUAUGAUGGAGGUGAGCAGGGAUGCUGCCUAUGACACUGCCUGUGAGGUGGCAUGGGGUGAAGGAAGAUAAAUUGGCAAUACAUACCCCUACAUUUCCUGUUUCCGUUUACAUAUCUAUUUUUGGAUUGUCCCUGGCUUGAAAUGGGAAGUAGAAGAUGGGCCUGGGCCAAGAAGGAAGUAUAAGGUCUGCAGCACCCCGCUGAGGAAGCAGCAGUUCCAAGGCAAAUAUUUCCAUGUAAAGAGUAUCUCUAGGUCACGUGUAUAUGAUUAGGGCCUGGCUGCACAUCGUAUAUCCAAAAAUGUUUGAGUCAAAAUACUUAGUUUUAACAAACUAGAGUAAAUAUGAACUUUAUCCAAUAUGUUGCUGGGUUAAGAAAGGGAUAGUAACCAUAUACUUAUUUUAAGUUAUGUUUUAAUAUUAUAAAUAAGCAUGAAUGAGUGACAAGAAAGGAAUCGUUUGAACCACCCGUAGAACUAGCAGUAUGGCUAACGUACUUUUCCAAAUCUUUGAAAAUUACUUAUUAGGUAGAUCUUUUGGUCAUUAUUCCUUCCAUUAAAUAUGACUUUGUGGUGUGUCAUAUAAAAGGACCAUUUAAAAUCUCGAAGAUGCUUUGGCUUUGAAUCUAUGAUGUAAUGUACCCACACUGGCUAUAGCAGUGCAUGAUUCCAGUGUAAUAAAUCUGCAAUUUUAAACUGAACUGGUAGGCGGUUUCUAAACUGUGUAUAAAGACCAGUACUUUAUUUUGAUUGUCACUGUCGGUAGUGACACAUUUUAAGUGUGCAUGCGUAGUUUAAAUUCAAGGUCUAAAAGCUUGGUGAAGAAGAGAUGUACAGUAUUCACUCCCAGGAGCAGGUCUAUACUACCAGAGACGUUCAGAAGGUUGGAUCAUCUGCGUUAUCCACAACAUGAAUCUGUCGGUCCUCAUUUUCUGGGGUAGGUUGAGGAGACUAGUACAGAUUUGAUGGUAACUGGCUUUCCACUUCCACCUGCUCAUUUAUUCCCCACAAGUAAGUGGGGAAUAUAAGCUCAAUCACUCAUUUUUCGUAAGAGUGCAAGUAUCGCAGUUCAGACUGCUGUCAUAAAUGCUAAGAGACUGUCCAAACUUUUUUUCCCAGAGAUUUAUUAGAAAUCACAUUCAAUUAAUGGACCAUUGAAUGAGACAAAUCCUCUUUUUACUUUAUAGUAAUAUUUAUUGAAAUGUAAUUUAAUCUUAGAGACGUGUCCUAAAAGGAUCUAAUGCUUUUGUAGUUUUACUGGAAUAAUACCAUACUGGCUCAUUGUAACGAAUAACCUCAAAAAAGGUAAAUAUUCUCCAGAGGUGAGAAACUUAUUUCCAGAACAGAUUUAAUAAAAACAAGAAUUAAAAGUAAUACAAAAUCUUAAGCCCACAAAACAAAAAGGUGAAAGAAAAAAAUGGAAGGAAAAAAUACUAUAAUUUGUGACAAAUUUUAGAUUAGUAGUGCUCUAGUGGGUUUUAUUUGCAUAGUUUGGUUUUGUGACCCAAUAGAGAAGUUGAAAUAGUUAUUGUACAGGCAUGAUUCUUAAUGUUUUUGAAGAUUUUCUGUUAGUAUCAGUUUGGACUCCCCAUUUUAGAAUUUUUUCAAUUCUAUAUUAAAAGUAAACACCUUAAUUUCUUGUAGAAUUGAGCUAUUACACAAUUAUCAGUGUAUUUAAUUUCUAAGCAACACAUUGAAAAUGAGGGGAAAAGAUAAAAAUAUUUUUUAAAAUAUUGAGCCUUAAAAAAGCUUGGUUGCAGAGUAAACCUUACACAAAAGAUUGGCACUGGGCCAUUAGAAUAUAUUUUUGCUUUUUACUGUAUUCUUCAGUGAUUUUUUACAUUAAAAUAUAAAACACAGUUUUUAUCAUGCAAAUGUUAUUUUCCCAUGAAAACGCCUGUUUCACUCUAUUGUGCUUAAAAGAGGGAGAUAUUUUGAACUCUAAUGAUGCUACUCAGUUCAGAUGAAGAAUUACACUGCAACAAGACAGAAAUUUGUUGUAUACUUCUUUGUUACAAACUGAAGCACACUAAACCCUACCCAUAGUAAAUUUAGCAAAGGAUAGUUUAAAAAUGAAUAUCUAGAUAACAAGUCUAUUUAAAUAAAAAUUCCAACAGUAGUUAGUAUGACUUAACAGUCCUAAGAAACUUAAAAAUUUGGAGAAAAUUUUUUUAUGAAAUAGAUUUUCUUGGAAAGUUGCCAUAUAAUUCAAACAAUGCACUGGGAAUUCUACCUUUUUAAAAUCAGGUUGUAUACAUAAUUGUCUAGUAUUUUCUAGUUUAAAAAGUGAUUUUAUGUGCUACUGUCUGAUGAUCAAUAAUGUAAAAAUGUAUACUCAAAAGAGCUUAAAUCUCCUAAACUGUCAUUGCUUUGUAUAAGUGUGUACAUUUAA